AUUAACGGCUCGUAAUCGUAAGCUUAGUAUCCCAGGGGACGGGGUAGGAGGUUCUCACAGUGCACUAUGGAUUCAUAAACAGAGACGUAAUGUGAUGGAAUUGACAGGUUAAGGGAUAAUAAGCCGGUUGCCACUGGGUGUGUCACUGUCGGUUUUAUUGGUUUAUAGUCUAUAAGAAGGAAGUGUUGCAUUCUGACCUGAGCGAGGAUAAAAGUGCAGUGAUUAACGCCAGCGUAAUUACGGUUGUGCGUCUCAACAAGGAAAUCGGCAGCUCGAAGUAGCAGUUAACCGGUUCUGUGAUUCAAACAAUACCAUUUUGGAGAACAAUAAAAGGCAUUCAGUGCACCGUGAGUGCAAAAUGUAUAGAAUUAUACUGAAAGGUUUAUAUUAUACAACAUGAUUGGAGAAGUUUUCAAGCAAUUUACUAAGACAAAGUAGAAAAAACGCGCGCUGAAUCAGCUGAAAUCACCACGCGGGAGAUACCUAUGUUAAAAUAGCUGAAUUCAAAUUCUGAAACAAUGUCCGAUAUCAAAAGUAUUUUAUCACUAUUAUGUCAGCAUUUAAAUUCAUCGAUCAAUGUCGUAAUGAAACCUGAAUAUUUUAGAUUGACAAAAUUUGAUGGUACAGCCGAAAAUAUCACCGAGGAAUUCUGGAAAACAUUAAAUACUUUAAGUUAUCAUGCCGUGAGAGAAAAGCAAAUCGAAAUUGAUUUUCAACAGUAUGGUAUUAUUUGGGGAACAAAAUUGUAUUUUGCAUAUUUACAGUAUCCAGCCAUAGAGUUUUAUGCUUUAAACAGAGACAGUAAAAAUAACAGACAAUUAUUAUUAGCAUUCGCGUGGCUUCUUGGAACACAAAAUGUUCUAAAUGUUAUUAUUAGAAUAAAUUUAUCCAAUAGUGUACUGGGAAAAGAGUGUGCAUAUCCAAAUAACUCAGAAAAAAAAGAAACAGAGUGCAAUGUACCAGAGUCAUUGAUUGCACAAAUAAAUAAUGUAUUAUACUUAAAUGGUAAAGUAAAUUACAAUCUAAAAGAGAUAUCUGAGCUAAUUUCUGAAAAAGCUAAGCUAGUAAGCAAAGCUCAUGCUGCAAGUAUUAAUGUCAGUGGUUUACCACAUCUCAGUGUAUCAGAAUUAGCAUUAAUAAAACGUAUAUCAACAAUUAAUAAGAAGGCACCUUCUAAUGAGGAUAAAAGAUAUUUAAAGAAUUUAAACAUUAUUGGUGGUUUGUUAGAUACACACAUGAAAUGGUUAAAGAAAGAACACAUGUUUUUUGAAUGGAUGGUGACCGUAGUUGAAGAACACAAUAAAUCUCUAACUUUCAGUUUAGAUGACAUUAAUUGGAAUGAAAUUUCAAAAUUCAUUUCUUUAUUACAUUAUAUAACACAAGAAAGAUUUGAAAGUUCAUCUUCCAAAAAUGAAUCUGAGGCUUCUCAAACUUGUCCUUCUACAUGUGUAUCACGUUUAUUAAAAGUUCAAGACAGUAAUAAAGAAAUGGAAAAUUGGUUAACAGACAUUUCUGCUGAAGUAAACAAAGAUAUAGAAGAUCUGUCUAAGAGAAAGGAAGAACUGUCUAAGGAAUUGAAAGAUAUUUUGAAAUCAAUACCUUCUUCUAUUCAAGUUUGAUUUGCAUACAAAAAUAAAAAAAAUAAUUUUUAACAAAAAAAAAAUCCGACUUCGAAAUGCACUAAAAAGUGUAAAAUAAUUUCUAUUUCAUUUAUACCAAUAUUCCAUACCCCCGCAGGCGCCGGGCGACGCCAGCCGCUACUCCUCUCUCUGUAAUGUAAAAUUGAAAUUAUUAGAUAUGUAUUCUUUAAAAUUUGCCCUAAUAUUGAACAACAGAGAUGUUCUGAUAAGGGCAAUAUUGUAUUCCUCUGUACGAGGCAAUAAUUCAUACUAUAAAAAAGAAUCUGUGAUACAUACUUCGCGGUGGCUUCGCCUCGUCCUUUGUCGCAGGCUUUCACUAGCAGUCCUUGGAUCAUCUAGUUGCAGCAGUCAUUUGAUCAAUAACACCAAAUGAUGAGAUGAAAACAUUCAAAAUUGUCACCAGAAAUAUACCAAUUACAGUGUAAUUGUUGGCUGUUACAGCUUUGCACAUUUCACUGUCGUUCUUCACAUUAUACCUGCUGUUCCAAAUCAGUCCUAUACCCACAGUAAUCUGCAGGAACAAGCUGGCACCUAUCAUAACUAGGGAUGGAUAAUAAUAUGAGUGCCCGCCGUCAGUUUGAAGAACAUAGCGCAAUUGAUUCGCAUUGGCCGACACGAGAGCCAAAUCCAUCAUCCCUUGGGCAACUGUUUUCUUAUACUGAUAGAGAUUCACGUCAGGUGCCAUUGAAACAGGUGGCAGCGGAAAGAAUGGAUUUCUGCCGUCUGAAUCACAGUUAACAUUAAAUUAAUAAAACAAGAGAACGGCAAUUAUAUAUUGUUGAAGCUCGUGGACGAAUUCCAAGAUUAAGUCUUUGUAUCAGCCCGUUUCCCCUAAAGAAUACUGUGUUUAUUAUACUCGGAAGGAAACGGGAACGGAUCAAAUUUGUAAUCCUGGGUAGAGCGUUAUUAAAGAGAUUCAUUGUCAGUGUA